UUUCAGUUUAUAUUUUCAGUUUUAAUUUUUUAAGUUUUUUUAUUUUCUAAAUUCAACAUAUUCUAACUACAAGUAAUUUACUUAGUUAAACUUCGCUACUUUGAUUUUUACAAUAUCAUAAUUGUGUAUUUAAAAUUUUCUUCUGUCAUCCUUAAAAUUAUGAAUUUUGUAUAAUUUAAUUGAUAAAAUAAUUAUUAAAUUUUUUUUUCCAUUUUAUGGUAGUANAAUUUGUAAGAACAGAGUAUCAAGGAGAAAAUACUGAGCUUAUUGCAAAGACUUUAACAGAAGCUUUUGGAGUAUAAAUUAUAAAUUAUAUAGAUAAAAAAUGGAUUCUACAAAGAAUUGAAUUUAGAAUAUGAUUAAUUGUAUGAGGAAUUUAAGUCUUUCUUAAUAAAUCGUACAUAUAAAUGGAUAUUAGUCUAUUAUGAGAAAGAAUCAUAUGAAAAAAAUAUCUAUAAUAUAAUAGCUGUAGUUUCUUACACAGACAUUAAUGAAGUUAGAUUGACAGAAUAAUAGUUAUCUAUAAAAGAUUUCAAUAUUAUUCCCAAACUGAGUCUAGUCAGAUAGUAUGUUCGUUACAAGGCUUUAAAGGACUUUUUUGAUAGAUAUAAUCCAAAAUAGGGAGAAUGUUUUGUUAUUGGAACUUUUGGAUUUUCAUCUAAAUUUAUGGGGUCAAAGCAUUCUAUGAAAAUAUUCCUUGACUCCAUCGAAUUCAUGUAUUCAUAAGGAUUUAAAUUUGGCUUUGGAUGGACAGAAAAUGAUAUUGCUAAAAAUUUAUAUGAUAAAAAUGUCAAUGUUUGGGAAGAAGAAUAACUAUUAACAGAUAUUUAUGUGGAAGAAACCAAGACAUAUCCUUACUAGAAUAAUAAAUUUAAGAAGGCACUCUAUUUAGGUGAUGUAGGUAAAUCCAUUAUUCAAUUAAGAAAAAUUUUGGGAUACACUUAAAAUGUAUCUACCAUUAACACGAUUUAAUGA